AUGGCCGAGAUCAGGUUGCAGGAUGGCGGCGGGCCGCAUGCAUCCAGGCCCUCCAGAGCAGAACUGGACGAGGUGCCCUGCUUGACAGCCGGACUUCCAACGCCCGACUCCGUGCAGUCGCAGAAGGAGGCUCACAUCGCCAGCCUCGAGCGCGAACUUCGCGAGGGCGUAGCUCAGCUGGCAGAGCAGCAUCGGCGGAAGACGGAUGAGCUCCACGCCAAGGCAAACCAGCAAAGGAGUCAGCUCAGUCUGGCACUGGAGAAGAUGGUCAAGGAGCAAGAGGCCCUGCUGGACAAACAGCACCAGACCCAGAGUCAACAGCUCCAGGAAGCCGCCCAACACCAGCUCACGGAGCUGAACCAACAGGCAGAGCUUCUGGUGCAGGCCUGGAGAGCACAGGAGGGGCAGAUCCCGCCGGCCCAAAUCCGUGGCUUGCCACGAGAGUCUUUGAAGGUGCCCAGUGGCGGAAGCAUGCGGGUGGCCUGGCCAGCCUACGCUGCAGGCCAGGGCGGCAGCAUGGCAGUCCUGGUGGCCCCACCAAGAGUCCAGUCGAGCCUGGGAGGCCUGGCCAGGGAGCAGUCCAUGACGUCCCGGAGCCCUUCUCACGCGACUGCCUGGACUGCUCUGUCUGGGGGCGUGCUGCAGGCGGAGCAACAUGCGCUGCUUGUGAUGACACCGCCGGCUGGAAGACCUGCGCAGUGA